AUGAGUGACAGUGAAGAUAUGACCCUCUCUGAGAUCUCGUCUCGAAACGGGCACGGUGUGGUGAAGAACGAGGACGACGAGACCCCAUUGGCUCUGUUGAACGGGAGAGCAAAGCAACACAAGAGAAAGCUGUCUGAUAAGAGUAAUGGAGAGCCAAAGGAGAAGAAGAGGAAGAAGCUGAAGGCUCUGUCUUCUCUGAAGGUGAAGAGUGAAACUCCUUCUGCUCCUACAACGCCAAAAAAGACAAAAAAGACACCCAAGGUCUCACAAACACCAGCUUCUGCUACUCCUACACCUACUCCCAAGAAGGAAGAGUCUGAAGAUGCCGAUGAUGGCUACAAAUGGUGGGAAGAUGAGAAUUUUGGUGAGGGUGAAGAAAGGUGGCAAACUUUGGAGCAUGCUGGUGUGAUUUUUCCUCCUCCAUAUGAACCUUUACCAAGCUACGUAAAGCUUUACUAUAACGGAAAGGCAGUCGAGUUGCCUCCUCUUGCAGAGGAGGUAGCAGGUUAUUUUGCUGCUAUGAUAGAAACAGACCAUGCUAAAAACCCUGUCUUUCAGCAGAACUUCUUCAAUGAUUUCCUACAAGUAUUAGAAGAGUCAGGCGGGUGUAAUGUUCAAAUCAAAGAGUUUGAGAAGUGUGAUUUCUCCAAGAUGGCUGCAUUCUUUGAAAAGCAAAGAGAAGAAAAGAAGAACUUGACCAAACAAGAGAAACAGCGUAUAAAGGAAGAAAAGGAAAAGCUCGAAGAGCCUUACAGAACAUGUUUAAUGGACGGCCGCAAGGAGAAUGUCGGUAACUUUAGAGUCGAACCUCCAGGGCUUUUCCGUGGUCGUGGUGCUCAUCCAAAAACAGGAAAAUUCAAGAGAAGAGUGUUCCCAGAGGAUAUUACACUCAACUUGGGUGAAGGAGCGCCAAUUCCUCCAGCACCAGAAGGCCAUACUUGGGGUGCAAUCAGACACGAUAAAACCGUCGUUUGGUUGGCAAUGUGGCGUGAAAAUAUAUCUGAUACUUUCAAGUACGUCAAGUUGGCAGCCAACUCUUCCAUCAAAGGUAUCUCGGACAUGAAGAAGUUCGAGACUUCCAGAAAGCUUAAAGAUCACAUUCAGCGUAUCAGAGCUGACUAUACAAAGAUGUUGAAGGAUCAGUUCAUGCAAAAUAGACAAAUCGCUACUGCCACCUACUUGAUUGAUAUCUUUGCACUUAGAGCAGGUGGUGAAAAAGGUGAAGACGAGGCCGAUACUGUUGGUUGUUGUUCUUUGAGAUACGAGCACGUCACACUCAAGCCACCAAACAAGGUCAUUUUCGAUUUCUUGGGUAAGGAUUCGAUUAGAUUUUACCAGGAAGUAGAAGUUGACCGUCAGGUUUUCAAGAACCUACGAAUUUUCAAGAAGGAGCCCAAAGGACCUGGCGAUGAUAUGUUCGACAGAAUCACCCCCACCAUCUUGAACAAGCAUUUACAGAAUUACAUGAAGGGUCUUACAGCAAAGGUGUUCCGUACAUAUAACGCUUCCAAGACCAUGCAAGAUCAGAUGGACUUGAUUUCCAACGAAGGUACGGUGGCUGAGAAGGUGGUCAAGUACAAUGCAGCCAACAGAACCGUGGCUAUCUUGUGUAAUCACCAGCGUACGGUCAGUAAGAACCACGAAGUUGGUGUGAAACGUAUCAACGAUAAAAUCAAGGAGCUCGAGUGGCAGAAGAUCAGACUCAAGAAGAUGAUCUUGGAUGUGGAUAAGUCUGAAAAGAAGAAGAACCCCAAGUACUUCUCUGAGCUUGAAGAUCUCACCAAAGACGAACAAGGCGUUAUUGUUGAGCGUGUGAUUGAAAGACAGAAAGAGCAGGCCGAGAAGAAGUGGAACAGAGAUAACGAGAAGCGUAAGAUGGAAAAGGAAGAGUUGUUCACCAAGGACGAUCUCAAGGAGAAGCUCGACAAGAUCGACGAAACCAAAAAAGAGUACCUUGACGAGAUCAAGACCGGCAAGGUGAGUGCCACCAAGGGAGCCUCAGUGUCGUCGUUGCAGAACAAGGUCGAGACCGUGGAGAACAGAAUCACCAACACCAGCUACCAGCUCAAGGAUAAAGAGGAUAACUCAGAAGUGUCGUUGGGUACAUCCAAGUUGAACUAUAUCGAUCCACGUUUGACGGUUGUGUUUGCAAAGAAGUUCAACGUGCCGAUCGAGAAGCUCUUCACGAAAACACUCAGAGAUAAGUUCAACUGGGCCAUUGAGUCUACCGAUGAGAACUGGCGGUUCUAA